GAUGACAUAGUCAGGUUGGCGUUAGGAAUAACAUAUACAAAAUUCGUUACACACCGGAAGUACUUGUGGUACUAUACUAGACCUGGAAUUUAUUAUAUAUAAGUUAACUACUGUUCUAGAAGAACUUUGGCGAACCCAUGAAACAGUUCCACUGAACCCCAGUGGUUCGAUCGUUCCCAGGGUAUAAACACUGACUUAAAGGUAUCUCGCAUGCUAUCUCAACACAUCACGUGUGCCGUAUGUGUAUUGAUAUUUACGAGUUUCAACUUUAAAAUUUUUGUAACACAUCAAAAAAUUUUAAUUAUAUCAUAAGAGCAUUUUAAAUUUUUAAUCUAGUGAGAAAUGAGGACUUUUUAGAGCAUUCUCGGAGGACGUAAAAUUUUCAACGAAAAAGGAGGACAUACUGACGUAUGGUCACCCUAGUAAACCAUAUAUGCUGUCAAGAGACUUUGUGUUUCUAUGCAGAGAAAAUUUCUGGGGUUAGAAUAUCCCGGAGAAGGUCUAUGUCUGUAUGUAGUCAAAAUUAUUCUGAUUCUUUCAUUUUUUCCCUGUAUCACUCGUUUUAUAUAGAAUUUAUUUAAAAUGUUUUUGCACUUCCUACUCAGAGCGUAACUGCUUAACAGUUGCUGGGAAAACGGCAAAGUUGUACCAUACAAAAGUUUCAUCUUCAACUGGUGAACCUGUCAGUUGUUCUUUGUAUUUUGAAUUACACUCCUAAUGGAAAUACAAUGUCUUACUUAUUUUGUUGGUUUAUUGCCAUGGUUAUUGAUGUCUGUGGUAUAUAUUUCUGGUAUAUGCCAAGUAAAUUUAUACAAUACUCUGGUUGAUUUGUUGUUGUUGCUGUAUCUGCAUAUUUACAUUUUGCAUACCUGAUUGAAGAGAAUAUUUUGCUCAUCAGAAGAUAUGGCUUACAGAUUACUCGGACUUAUUUUACUGGGCGAAAAGUUUAUGAAUUUUUUCCGAAGAUUCUAAUUGAUGACAAUUACCAUGAAACAAGCUGUUAAAAUGCAUCAAAUUGUUUGUUCAUCAACAUACAGACUCGUUCUGAUAAACAUCUUGCAUGUAAAACCAAUUAUUUUAUCUGUCAUCGACGAAGAUACACUUAAGUUUGUUUACAAAAGACAUGCAAAAUGUUUUGUUUACAAUCGUACAUAAAGAGCAUUUAUAAGUUGAUAUUUAAUAAAAGACAUUCUGUAGAACAGAAUUUUGAACAUAUUUCAUAGCUAUGUCACUGUGCUGCUGUGUGAUGGUUGAUUGCUUUUUUACAAAAAUUUUCUGAUGCAACAGAUUUUGUUACUAUUAGUCAAAUUUUGAUCAGUACCAUCAGUUUUCAAUGUUUUUUGUAAAAUAUUUAUCUAGUAUUUUUACUUCCUCAUUCAAUUAAUAAUUGAUUUCAAAUUGAGUAUUUGGCCAUGAGCAAAGAAGCCAGUUUGGACUUUCCAUUAUGCCACGAUGUUGCCAAAUAUGAAAGAAUCACAAAAAUUGGACAAGGGACUUUUGGGGAAGUAUUCAAAGCAAAAGAUAAAAAGACUGGACGGUAUGUGGCACUGAAAAAAGUGAUUAUGGAGAAUGAAAAAGAAGGAUUUCCGAUAACAGCACUGAGGGAGAUUAAAAUUCUGCAGCAAUUAAAACAUGAAAGUGUGGUGGAUUUAAUUGAAAUAUGUCGUGCAAAGCCUACUCAGUAUAACAGGUAUAAAGGAUCAAUAUAUCUUGUGUUUGAGUUGUGUGAUCAUGACUUAGCAGGAUUAUUGAGCAAUGCAACUGUGAAGUUUACACUUGGGGAAAUUAAAAAGAUUAUGCAGCAAUUACUGGAAGGAUUGUUCUACAUCCACCGCAAUAAAAUAUUACACCGUGAUAUGAAAGCUGCAAAUAUUUUGAUUACAAAGACUGGAGUCUUAAAAUUGGCCGAUUUUGGUCUUGCAAGAGCUUUUAGCUUCACGAAAGUUGGGCAAGUCAAUCGGUAUACGAAUAGGGUAGUUACAUUAUGGUAUCGACCUCCUGAACUUCUUCUUGGUGAAAGGGACUAUGGUCCGUCUAUUGAUUUAUGGGGAGCUGGUUGCAUCAUGGCAGAGAUGUGGACAAGGAGUCCUAUCAUGCAAGGUGACACAGAGCAAACACAACUUAAAUUUAUAUGCCAGCUUUGUGGAUCAAUUUCUCCUCAAGUGUGGCCUUCUGUAGAAAAAUAUGACUUGUAUAAAAAGUUUGAGUUGCCGAAGGGCUCGAAAAGAAGAGUGAAGGAGCGUUUAAAAGCAUAUGUGAAAGAUCAAUAUGCAUUGGACUUGAUUGAUAAACUGCUUUGGCUUGAUCCGAAGAAUAGGAUAGACUCUGAUAAUGCAUUAAAUCAUGAUUUUUUUUGGACGGAACCUCUCCCUUGUGACUUGACAAGCAUGUUGUCUCAGCAUAAGACAUCAAUGUUUGAAUAUCUUGCUCCGCCACGUAGACCAAAUCCGCAUAUGAAAAAUAUCAAAGGCACCCCAGCUGGUGCUGUUACUAAACAGCAGCCCACAGAUCCAAGUUAUGACAGGAUAUUUGAGGAUCUUGGGUGGUUGAAAUAUUUUUGUCAUCACUGCCACAGUUUUUUUUUCAUCCCAAGCAUUUUGUUUUAUCAUUCAAAUUGUGCCAACUACAUCUGCUAUUUUCUGGGUGAUCUUAAUUGGAUUUUUUAGUAAAAUCGUGCUUUUCAGUCCUCGUUAGUCGUUACUAGGGCUGGGCAAAAUAUUCGAAUCGAAUAUCAAAAUAUUCGAAUGGCAUUUUGCUAUUCGAAUACCCGGUACCACGUGACCUGCGCCGCUUUGCUUUAACACGGAAUUCGCGCGUCACCAAAUCAAUCGUGUAUUGCACGAGAAUUCACAAACGGCGCUCGCUAACAUACAAAAGCGACAAAUUUUCUUUGCGUUAUGAUGUUAUUUGUUUUCUUUUCACGCCUAACGUAUCGUUUCAUUUCCCUAUUUUGUAAAAUAGGUCACCACCGUUGCGUAAAUUUAUGAACGUUCUGUAAAUUAUAAAAGUAUGACGAUGUAUUUAAAAAAUCGGAAAUUCUGAUUGCCGUCUGCAACAGUCACCGCGAUUACGCGCUCGUUAAAGAGACGUUUUUUCAGCGUAUAAUGAUUUUUCUGUUGCGUAAAAUGAUCAAUCCAUG